AGAUGGCCAGCGUUAUUCAUUUCUUCCAAAUAUGUACAUAUAUUUUGGAUAGAAAAAGAAAGAACAAAAAACUAACAAAAUCUUUCAAAGUCUACAUAGAAAUUAGGGAACAAGGGGCAGCAAAGUUUGUCUCUUUUUUCUUCUUUCUUUUCAUUUUUUUCUUGGUUGAAAAAAAGAGGAGCGGAGAGAAAAUUACAGCUUGGUAGUAUCCGUCUUUGCUGUUGUAAUGUUGGCAGAGAGACGAGAGAGGGCAGCAGCUGGUUUAAUCCAAAAAUGCUCUCUCUGUCUCUCCUCACUGCUCAUAGAUUGGCAGCCGAAUUGAGCCACAUUCGCAUCAAUUAUCACUCUUAAUUAUUUGAUUCUCCUCCUAAGUCUCUAUUGGAAGACGAGCAAUGAGCUUUGGUUUCUUUUGGUUUGGGAUAUUAUGUUAGGAAUUAGUUAUUAGUUAUUCUGGGUUUUUUGUUCUGUUUUCUUUUUCUUGUUCGUUAUCAACAAUCAUCGAUCGUCGAGUCAAUCAGCUAUGGCCCCGAAUAGCGAUCCUACUAAAUCCAAGAGGCUUUAUCAAGUUUGGAAGGGGAGCAAUAGAUUCUUUUGUGGUGGGAGAUUGAUCUUUGGUCCUGACGUUGCAUCAUUGUUUCUAUCCACAUUUCUUAUUGCUGGCCCCGCCAUUGCUUUCUGCAUAAGGAUGUAUAUUAAGAUCAAACAUGAAAAUACCAAUGCUGGCCGCUGUUAUUCCAUAUUAAUUCUGGGUGCCUUACUCACUGCACUGGAUCUGCUGUUUCUAUUCUUUACCUCUGGUAGAGAUCCUGGAAUUCUACCCAGAAAUUCAAAACCUCCUGAAUCAGAUGAAGCUUUGGAUGUAACUACCCCAUCUAUGGAGUGGGUCAAUGGUAGAACUCCUCAUUUAAAACUUCCUCGUGCUAAAGAUGUAAUAGUUAAUGGCCACACUGUGAAAGUAAAGUACUGUGACACCUGUUUGCUUUAUCGUCCUCCCCGAGCAUCUCAUUGUUCCAUAUGCAACAACUGUGUUCAAAGGUUUGAUCAUCACUGCCCGUGGGUUGGUCAAUGCAUUGGAAUACGUAACUAUCGGUUCUUCUUUAUGUUUAUAUCAACCUCAACCAUCUUGUGCUUAUAUGUCUUUGUUUGUUCUUGGAUCAAUGUGCUCGAAAAGGAAGCUGGCAAUGAUAGCAAUAUUUGGAAGGCCAUGUCGCAUGAUAUCCUAUCCAUAAUUCUCAUAGUCUACUGCUUCAUAGCUGUAUGGUUUGUUGGUGGUCUUACAGUUUUCCAUUUCUAUCUGAUUUGCACUAAUCAAACUACGUACGAGAACUUCCGUUAUCGAUAUGAUAAAAAAGAAAACCCAUAUAACAAGGGAACAGCAGGAAAUCUUGGUGAAAUGUUUUUGUCCAAGAUUCCACCUUCAUUAAAUGAUUUUCGUUCAUUUGUGGAGGAAAGUGAGCAUAUGGUUAUGGGAUCAAUGAUGCCAAACUUUAUGGAAGGUCAUAUUAGCUCAAAAGAGAAAAUUGACAUUGAGAUGGGAAAUAGGCUUGCUGAAGAUACUGGUUAUUCACUUCCUGAAAUUUUGAGAAAUUUGGAAUUUGAUGAUUUUGAGGACGAAUUGAUGAUAAAGCAGGAAGGGGAAAGAGAUAUGGAUUCAUUGUUUCUUGGAGGGCAAGAUAUGAAACCAUCAGAUGAAGUCUCCAUUCCGGGGGGUGAAACAGUUAGAACUGAGCAAAGUUCAGCUUCUAAAAAUGGAGAUGGAGAAUUUAUGGAAAGCUACAGUGCAAGAAAUGAAACAGAUACGUCAGGGAAACCAAUAAUGUAGCAAUUCUCAUCCAACAAAAUUGUCGCCACUUCAUGUAGAACUCUUUGCUUGGGUUGGGUUAUUUUGAAAUUCAUGUGAAGGAUUUCCUUGUCUUGUGAAAUCGCAGUGGAGUGCAGCUUUGGAGGAGUGCAAGUUGUUGAAAAUAGAGAUACAAGCUCAAAAAAAGUAAAUAUAUAUAUAUCUAUCAGUUUAUUUGGAGGUCCAAAACUCUUAUUGAUUGUUGUAAGCUGUAAAUGUCGUAUUUUGCUCGAAAUAAUGUAGAAACUUAAAAACAAAUGGUGUGAUUGUGAGUGUGAGGGUGAAAAAGAAAAAGGUCUAUAGUCUGUGUUGUAGGUUUUAUCAUUUCUUACUGUUUCUAAAGUAUGAUUGAGAGAAUAGAUAUUUCUCUUCAGCAGUUAGAACUGUAGCAUGUUUAAAACUAAUUAGAUUGUGUGGUAUGUAUUUAUUUUAUGAACUAUUUCUUACACCUUGAUGAAGUUUUCAAAUUUAACAAA